AUGUCGUCGCUACAAAUGUCCGAGAUGUCCAAGACCUACCAGUACCGCAAAGUGAUGAAGCCCAUGCUGGAGCGCAAGCGUCGUGCCAGGAUCAACAAGUGCCUGGACGAGCUCAAGGAUCUGAUGGUGGCCACUCUGGAAUCCGAGGGCGAGCAUGUCACACGUCUGGAGAAGGCCGACAUUCUGGAGCUGACCGUCACCCAUUUGCAAAAGAUGAAGCAGCAGCGCCAGCACAAGAAGGCCUCCGGCAAUGAGAGCCUGAGUCCGGCGGAAGGAUUCCGAUCUGGCUACAUCCAUGCCGUCAACGAGGUCUCCCGCUCUUUGUCUCAGCUGCCCGGCAUGAACGUCACCCUGGGCACUCAGCUGAUGACACACCUGGGACAGCGCCUCAACCAGAUCCAGCCCGCCGUCAAGGAGGUCCUUCCAGUGACAGCUCCACUCUCCGUGCAGAUUGCCAGCCGGGAUAGCUACUCCGUGCCCAUCUCACCAGUGUCCAGCUACGCCGGCAGUCCCAACUCCAAUCUCAGUUCGGCCAGCACUUCUCUGCUGACCACCAUUGAUGUGACCAAAAUGGAGGACGACAGCGAGGACGAGGAGAAUGUCUGGCGUCCCUGGUAA